UAUUUUUAGGACAUAGUAAAAUAUAUUUCGCUUGUGAUACAUACAUGGAUAUUGAAAUAAUUGUGAUAAAGAGAGAAUAUACAAAAGUGUUUGAUGAAAAAUAUGUAAUUGUGAAUUAAUUGAUAUGUCAUUGCUUUGUUUUAAGAGCAGGAAGUUUACAUCAAAAAGUGCGACUGCGCACUGGCCAAAUUAGUAGGUAGUGUGAAAGAAAAUGGCGAUCAGCGAAAGGCGUCCGGAGUUAACGUGAUGAAAAACAUUGUUAAAAGCUCAAUUACAUAGUGUUAUAGUUAUUAAUUGUGUCAGAUGUAGAUUAAUUAAGUGUUAAUGAAUAGUGAUUGUGUAUAAAAAUGGCUGCGAAUAUGUACAGAGUCGGCGACUGCGUCUAUUUCGAGACGUCGUCGACGUCUCCGUACCAAAUCCGGCGGAUAGAAGAACUAAAUAAAACAGCCUCCGGCAACGUGGAGGCUAAGGUCAUGUGCUUCUACAGGCGGCGGGACCUGCCGAACCCCCUUAUACAGUUAGCUGAUAAGCAUCAAAUGGCCCAGUCAGAAGACUCUCCGGUCGCGAUGAAACUCAAGAAAAUAUGCCUUAAAACGCCAAUUGGCGAAGAACAGGCAGCACAAGCUGUAUUAGACCCUGCGAUAGUUGCAAUGGAGGAGGAAUCUAGCGAGUUACCGGGCACAGACGGCAUGGCGCCGAAGCAGCGGCACCAGGCCAAGCACCGGGAACUCUUCCUCUCACGGCACGUGGAGACACUGCCGGCUACCCACAUACGCGGCAAGUGCAGCGUGACCCUACUCAACGAGACAGAGUCGCUGCUCAGCUAUCUCAAUAAGGAUGACGCAUUUUUUUAUUGUUUAGUAUUCGAUCCUUCACAAAAGACUUUAUUAGCAGAUAAGGGUGAAAUCAGAGUGGGAAGUAGAUAUCAGACUGAAGUAACUAAUUUAUUAAAAGAAGGCGAAGAGGACCCAAGAAACAGUGAGGAGUUAGAAACGCUAGUGUGGACACCGGAACAUGGAUUGACGGACCGACAGAUUGACCAGUUUCUAGUAGUGUCACGUUCAGUGGGGACUUUUGCGCGUGCCCUUGACUGUUCAUCCAGUGUCAAACAACCCUCAUUGCAUAUGUCCGCAGCCGCUGCCAGCCGAGACAUUACACUUUUCCACGCUAUGGACACACUCCACAAAAGCGGUUACAGCAUAGAGUCAGCUCUAUCCUCACUUGUGCCUGCAUCAGGGCCAGUGCUGUGCCGUGAUGAGAUGGAAGAGUGGUCGGCCUCAGAAGCGAACCUCUUCGAAGAGGCCCUCGACAAGUAUGGGAAGGACUUUGCUGAUAUACGGCAGGACUUUUUGCCAUGGAAGACGCUAAAGAACCUAGUUGAAUACUACUACAUGUGGAAGACCACGGACCGCUAUGUGCAACAAAAACGCGUGAAGGCGGUGGAGGCCGAGUCCAAGCUGAAGCAGGUCUACAUUCCCAACUACAACAAGCCGAACCCAGCCCUCAUAACGAGCAACAAUGGCAACGGCAAAGGGACAGUCCUCAAUGGCGGGACCAACGGCACUGCCGCCAUCGCACCCACCGUUUGUGCUUCCUGCCAAGUAACGAAUUCGUCCCAAUGGUACUCGUGGGGUCCGCAACACUUGCAGUACCGGUUGUGCGGCAUUUGCUGGCAAUAUUGGAAGAAAUAUGGAGGCCUCAAGACGGCAGGUGUAUUCGGCGAGAGCGAAGUGGAUUCGAAUCGCGCCAAUCGUGCCGUCGAGGAGGGAGGCCUGUCCGCCUCGCAUCGCCCUCAUCGCUGCACUGUGCUUAACUGCGCUAAGGAAUUCAAACUCCGAGCCCACCUGGUCCGCCACGUGGCGACGGCCCACGGUGGAUGCGAGGGCGCCCGGCCCGUGAUGAAGACGCGGGCUGCGUUCUACCUCCGCGCCUCCCCCUUCACGCGCCUCGCGAGGCGACUGGUUCGAGCGUUGCGACGCCCCACGCACUUUGCCCGUUCACCGUUUUCGCCUAUUAAUCUGCAUCAGGUCAAACACGAGUGUACGUUGGCAAUGAACGCAGGCGGCGCAGAGACGCGAGCAGCGGGCAAAAUACGGUCGCGUGGCCCCGUGGGAGCAGUGGCCACGAGACUAGCGACCGCUCAUGGGGCUGCAGCACCCCGUUCGCAGGAAUGGCUCAUCUUGACACCCAAGGACCGGAUGCCUUUGCCCGAACAUGUGGCGUUCCCGAAACCGCCCAAGGCGCCAGAUGGCAGCCUGAUGUACGAGCGAGUACUGUCCCGUGCUGAGAUAGAGGCCAGACGCGGAGAUACGCCCACGCUCCCGCUCCCGCAGCCGCUCAAGAGGCGCGCCUAUGACGACAUCAACGGACUCGACAGAGGCGCCAGUGCAGUGGCGGGUCCGCCAGCCAAACGGCCCAACAAGCACCCUGCGCCGAUGCAACGGCCGUCGCGCGAGCAGUACGCGGCCAUGUGUGCGCGCGCGCAGGCCACCGGACAACCGCUGCCCGCGCACGUUUUCGCACAUGUGAACGGUAAGCCGACGAGUCUGUCGGGUCGCGGCGGACGGCGUCACGUGAUCUCGUGGAUGGACGCGCCGGACGACCUCUACUACAGAGCCACUGAAACUGUCAAGAGCCUGCGGCGCUCGCUGAGCUGUGGCGAGCUACGUCGCGGGGCCCGCGCCCCCUGGCGGGCGAUGCGGGCCGGGGCAGCGGCGUCGCUCAAGGGGGCGGCGGGGGCCGUCGGGCCCGUGGGGGCGGCGGGGGCCGUGGGGCCCGCGGGGGCGGGGGCGCCCCUGCAGCUGGUGAUCCUGGACUGACAGCAGCCCCGGCCUCCGCCCCCGCGCCCCUACACCAUGGAGGCGCUCCUCGGCUGACCGUGUACAUACAGACCGCCCCGACGAUUCUGUAGAUAUUUUAUUGUUCUUAUGUGGUUUGAUCUGGCGACGAGCGAUGUAUUUGAUACAUAAACGAUAUGUAAGUCUAUUUCAUUCGGAGAUUCAUUGUAGGAUAAUUUACAAUUUUUUUCAUAAAUAAAGCACAAAUCGUA